UUGCGAGUGUAGUUCUGUAAAUAAGAAAACCACAGGCGAAAUCCGGAAUUUGACCAAAAUAUAAGUUCAGAAGUUUCUAAUGUCAACAUGGAUUCUUACAGAAGGACAGGUGUCCCGUGUGGUAACCCUAAACGUUUCCAGAGCAACGAGGUUACCCGUAUGGGAGAAGGAGGCGGGCGUGGGCCGUGCUCCGGACCCCGGAGGGAUCUCGCCGGCCCUGUAGAGGACAUAGAGACGGAGGGGGAGAAAAGACUCCAGGAACUUCUACAGAAACAACUCCGCACCAGUAUCACCAGACAACAGAUCGCGCAGGGCCGAAAUUUUGUUGGUGGCACUCCUUUCAAAGCUUCCACCGACGACCUUUCUGGAGUGACGUCAUUGUCCAAAUUCCAAACACUUGGGGAGACAGACGCGUACAUACGGGAGCUAAAGCAGUGUGGUUUGACGGAGGAGGAGGUAACUCUUAAGUUACAAACGGACAACCUGAUAGGUAAACAGAAUGACAGGAAGAGAAGAUAUGGUGCCGACACAUCAUUCUAUAGAGAUAAGCUUGAGGCCAUCGAGGGUAAAAUUAGACGAAGGAACGAUAAUUUGUCCAAACCGGAUACGUUCUCGGAUCAGAAGGUGCUCACUCGCCAUGAGAUGGACCUGGAAAGAGCACUUGUGAAGGAUGACACAUCUUCACGUAAUCUCUCAACGGCUCUUACCACACAGGCUAGACACAAGGUCCAUCUUCACCCAGACGACCCUAUGAACCACCUUCCAGAGAUCUUAGCUUCCGUCACGAGAGAUAGAUAUAAGGAGCAUGGACGACAAAAGGGACAUAAUUCGGAUUUGCAAGAAGACUUGGAUGUGUGUAGUUUUCCAAAGGAAAGAGAAUUUUAUGAACAUGAAGAGUGUGUCUCUGUGUCGAAUCAUGGGCAUAAUUGUGAAAAUACACUAAAACAGCUCGAUAGGUAUGUCGCAGGAAAGGACAUCACAGUGGAUGCAGUCAAUAAUUUGUCAGCAGAAGCACAAAAGAGUUCCAUGUUAUGUGACAAUACAAGUGCAAUAAGACACCCCCCAGAAACAAUGGCGACCUCAACACCCAUCAGUGACAGUAAUGAAGAUAACUCAGUCAACAACGAACGCCAUGGUCACAUAGAAUGGGUAGAAGAGGAGUACAUCGUGAAGAACCGACUUACACCAGAUGAGAUCAAACAGAUUCCUAGGUUUGAGAACUAUUCUCCUGGUACCAAGAGCAAGGUGCUGUUUAUUAAAAACCUGUCGAAUAAGGUGACCGAGGAGGACUUAGUUGCCCUCUUUAUAAGGUUCCAGAGCAGUGACGAAGAUAAGCUGCUCUUCCGAUUGUUGACAGGGCGGAUGAAGGGACAGGCAUUCGUCACGUUUCCCAGUGUGGAGAAAGCCAUGUCUGCCAUGCAGCUCGUCCAUGGUCUGAACUACAAAGGCAAACCUAUUAUCAUCCAGUUCGGACGAGGCCCAUCCUAAAUAAAUAUUUUAUAUCUAAUGUC